AGAUCAAAAGUCAAAUAAAUUUUGAAAUGUUAUUCUAUUCUGUGUGUAAGUCAAAAACAGAGAGUCAAAAAGAGGAAAAGGAAAGGAAGGGGUCGAUUAGGGAGGGGAUGAGUGCAUCAUCGAUGACAUCAUCGCUAUUGCUAAAGUGAAGAGCGCAUGCGUCUGACAGUUUUCGGCCAUAUUGUUAUGACGCAUUCAAGAUCAGAGGUCUCCGCCAGUGACGAGUCCUCUCGCAGUUGACGUGGCUACUACGUACCAUCCCGUUCGCCCACUCCGGACGCAGCAUAUACGGUGACGAGGAAUACGUAACUGGUGGCCUCUGUGGGCAUGGAGGGAAUGGUGGAGGAGAACGGGUCGGCGGGCGGCGCGGGCGCGGAGCAGCUGGGCGGCGGCGGCGCGCCCGCGCUCCCCGCGCCCGCCAGCCUCGUGCAGAUCACCGUGCCGGCGCAGGCCCCCUCCGCACAGGUUCAGUCAGUCAUCCAACCAAACCAACAAUCCGUCAUACAGACCGCGUCCAAUGUACAAUCAGUACAGUUGCCAAAAGGAAAUGUUAUACUUGUUAGUAAACCAAGCUCUGUUAUUCACACCACUCAAGGGACUUUACAAACAUUACAAAUAAAGCCAGAACCUGCUUUACUGAGUAGUCAAGGACAGUCGUGCAGUGAUGACAGCUGCAGUGACGAUGACAGUCCAAAGAGAUCAAAAUACCGGGAAAUGCUGACUCGCCGGCCAUCAUACCGCAAAAUAUUGAAUGAUCUUGGAGGAGCUGAAAUAGCAGAACGGAUGGGAUCUAAAGCAGCAUGUGAGGCAGAACUGUUGAUGCCAUCCCCUUUAUCAUUUACUCCAGCGGUAGUGAUUCCAGCGGGCGCGCUGCAGUCGGAGAGCGGGCUGCACACGCUGGCGGUGUCGGGCGGCGCGGGCGGCGCCAUCGUGCAGUACGCGCCCAACCAGGACGGACAGUUCUUCGUGCCCGGGCCUGUCCAUGAAGAUCAAACAAGAAAACGUGAGAUGCGUCUGUUGAAAAACCGCGAAGCGGCGCGGGAGUGUCGACGCAAGAAGAAGGAGUACAUAAAGUGUCUAGAGAACCGAGUGGCCGUGCUCGAGAACCAAAACAAAGCACUCAUUGACGAACUGAAAGCUUUAAAAGAGCUGUACUGUCAACAGAAGACGGAUUGAGGCCCAGCCGGUUAGCCGGCGGCCGCAGCGCCCCGGCGAGUCCCCCCGCGCGCCGCCCCCCGCGCGGCCACGAGGCAACUCACGUUGUCCAAAUGUUGAUUACCAUUAAUGUUUGCAAGUAUUGUUAGAUUUUUAUAUGUUUAAUAGUUACAUCUCUAUGUACCUAUACAUUUCUUUUGUUAAUAGAUUUCAUAAUUCACUAUCCAUCAGAUUAAGUUUCAAUUUUCUUUUUUCAUUAUAUAGGGAAGAUCAUUCCACUUCUUAUCAUGUCGGACAUGUUAUCGGUAAUGUUAAGUGCCAUCGUCUUUUUGGAACACGGAAUGUUUCAACUUGAAUUGUUAGUAAUUAUGUAUUUUGUUUACAAUAAGAGUUUCUAUUACCUUUAGCAACUGUAACAUUAUACCACGAAUAGAGUAUGUGUGGUCAGAUCUGUUCAAAUAAACGUACAGGGUGAAAUUUUAUCAGUGAUGUAAUGGUUAUGGUUGAUCAUUGGUAAUAUAUCCCACCCUGUAUGUAUACACAUAUUACUUUUUGUUAUGUAGGUAUGAGUAAUGCUGUAUAAUAUCAAAAUACACAAUUCUACUCAACUAUAAUAAACUAUUUUUAACUUUGUUACUUAAAUCAGUAACUAGAAUUGUAUUCAUUAAAACAUGAUUUAUACUUCAUAAAGCAUAUUUUUUGUUAUUAAAGUUAUGUUUUAAUUUGAUCUUCGCGUAGAUAUUACAAGAUUGUGGAGUCUAAUCAGUAAGAAGUAAUGAAAUGAAUUUCACUGUAACAUAAGUUGACGUUUAUAGUGUUAAUCACCUCGACAGGUGUUCUAAUGGGUAAGCCAAAGUUAAAUGUUUAGUUUUUGUGCAAUAAGUAUAUUGCGGUGUACAGAUAUGUAUUCCUGCUGUUCGUGAAAGUUUUAUUCACAAGAAAUAAAUGUACAUUGUGUAUAGAUAAUAUAAAAUUAAUGUAAAGUAUGUGUAAAAAUAAAAUGAAAUUCUCUGUAAAUAAAAGUCUAAGGGGGGAGGAAUGGUUUAUCUCGCAUUUCCAUUUAAAAUAUUUUUUUAUUAGAAACAAUAAUAACACCAUCGAUUGUAAUUGUAAGGUUCAGAAGCCACUCCAUAUCAAUAAAUGUCUAUUAAGAAAUGAAUUGUGUGAAAGAUUUGAUACAUUUGGAAAUCGCGCUGUUAUAGGACGCAUCUGUUUUUUAAAUACAUUUUAGUGGCUAUCUGAGGGCAUUUUAAAUUUCUAAAUUCUGUCAUUUUGCACAGCAACACUUAAAUUUGUAUUAAUUAAGUAUCAGCUAAAUUACUGUUACUGCCUUCAGAAUAUAUUUUAUUCUCAUUAUAUGCGGAUAUCAAAUUGAAUGUUCUUUAUCUGAUUAUAUUCAUAUUUUGGUUUGGAUGCGAUGUACCGACCAUGAGCAAAUAAUUACGAUAUACCAGUUAUUAUC